UUAUUACCUUCUUCUAGUCAACCUUCCUCUACGGUUACGUAAAUUUUCAUUUGUGACCUGUUAAUCGUUACAUUAAACUGGUGAUCGUGAAGUUAGGAGGCGAAAUAGGACAUCGUAAUAGGUUUAUGCCGUAGGAUGGGAGGCCAACAGAGUAGGAGAGUGGUGUCCGUCGAAAACGAUGAGCCGCCCUUGAUUUCCGUCUCGUACGGCGUGAUCGAACGUCUGAGCAAUUCGAAAGCGAAGUCGGAGCCGGAGCCGGAGGCGGAAGAAGAGAAAACGCCAAAAAUUGCCGAACCGCAUCCUCAAAAAUCACGGACGAGGAAUUUCGCCGUUAACGACUUCGUCCACGCCGGCGAGGAGAUCAAAUACAAAGGCCUUCCGUACGUCACGACAAAAGAGAUCCAACAAGCCCUAGACGAUGAAAUCAAGAAAAACAACGCCUAUUGGGAAGAGAAACUGGCCAAACAGAAAGAAUCUUAUGAAAAUACGAACAAAAUUUUAGAACAUGAAUAUUUAAAAAUCAGUCAACAGAUGGAGAAAUAUUUGCCGAAGGUUUCUGAAAAAGUGCCCCAACAAGAUUGCAACGAGAGGACUCAGCUUGUACUCUCCUGCCUUCAGAAACAUAAACAACAGCCUCUUUUAUGCUCCAAGGAAGUCGGUGAAUUUAAUUCUUGCGUUUUACACACCAAGGCGAAUCGAGCCAACUGAGCGUUAGUGAACGUUGAGUUUUAAUAAAAUGUUUAGUCGUGGUUUUCAAUUUGUUUAUUGUAUUUAUUUAAUGUUAUUCAAAUAAAGCAUUGUCACGUUU